GCAAACACUUCUCCCACAAGAUCGUUUCCAACUGGCAGUGAAAAUGGUAAAAGUCGAGCCUGUGGAACGCUACCGCAAGGUCAUUCGCAUGAUCCGUUUUUGCGUGGGAUUCUGCGGAAAUGACGUAGCCGAUCCCAAUUUCCGGAUGUGGUGGCUCACCUACACGGUGAUUGGAGCGAUUUGCUUCUUUUUCGCCUGCACAGGAUACACCAUUUACGUGGGCGUCGUCAUCAAAGGAGACCUCACUGUAAUCCUUCAGGCACUAGCAAUGGUCGGAUCGGCGGUCCAGGGACUAACCAAGCUCCUGGUCACCGCCAACAUGGCCCCCCAAAUGAGAGAAAUUCAGAAUACCUAUGAGGAAAUUUACAGGGAAUAUGGUGCAAAAGGUGGGGAGUAUGCCAAGUGCCUGGAACGAAGAAUUCGUACAACCUGGCAACUUAUCAUCGGCUUUAUGCUUGUCUACAUAAUUCUCCUGGGUCUAAUUAUUUGCUUUCCAAUCUUCUACUUGGUGAUUCUUCAUAAAAAGGUCUUGGUCAUGCAAUUUCUGAUGCCUUUUCUUAAUCACAAUACUGAUGGAGGCCACCUAGUGCUCACUGCUGUACAUGUGGCCUUAAUUACUUUCGGUGGCUUUGGCAACUACGGUGGAGAUAUGUACCUUUUUCUGUUCGUCACCCACGUGCCCUUGAUCAAGGACAUAUUCAGUUUAAAGCUUAAGGAAUUUAACGAGGUGGUCGUCAAAGGGAAAGAGUAUCCAAGGAUAAGGGCUAUGCUCUGUGACCUACUGACCUGGCAUCAACUUUACUCCAGUAUCUUACAAACUACAAAGAGGAUCUAUAGCAUCGUGUUGUUCGUGCAGCUUUCAACCACUUGUGUUAGUCUGCUGUGCACCAUAUCGUGCAUAUUUAUAAAAUCAUGGCCCGCAGCACCUCUUUAUCUAUUAUAUGCUGCCAUAAUACUUUACACUUUCUGCGGUCUCGGCACCUUGGUGGAAAAUUCUAACGAGGAUUUCUUGACGGUGAUCUACACGGACUGCCUGUGGUACGAACUGCCCGUGAAGGAGGAGAAGCUACUUAUUAUGAUGAUAGCCAAGGCCCAAAAGGAGGUUUGCCUCACCGCAGCUGAUAUGGCGCCAUUGUCCAUGAAUACUGCUCUCCAGCUGACCAAAGGAAUAUACAGUUUCAGCAUGAUGCUAAUGAACUAUCUAGGAAAGGAUAAAUAAAAAGUUUGCUUAAACUAAAAAACUACUCAUUGAAGGAAAAUAAAUACUGAUGAAUACACAACUUGGAAAUGGAU